UCACUAUCUGGGGUCGCUAUCUCCGGAGCAGCAGAGCUAUGGCUUGUGCCUUCCGCAGGUCCAUCGCCUCUCAGCUUUCCAGAGUUUUGGAUCUUCCACCAGAAAACUUGAUCAAGUCAAUAUCUGCAGUUCCAAUCUCCAAAAAAGAAGAAGUAGCUGAUUUUCAGCUCUCUGUACAUUCUGUGCUAGAGUGCAACAGUGGUCAAUCAAAACCAGAUAUUCAAGUUCAAGCCCGAAGACUUGCAGAGAAGUUAAAAUGUGAUACUGUGGUGAGUGAAAUCAGCACUGGACCAGGAACAGUAAACUUUAAAAUAAACAGGGAGCUGUUAACAAAGACAGUACUACAACAAGUAUUUGAAGAUGGUGUAAAUUAUGGAUUAAAAAGUGAACUUUUUUCUGGUCUUCCCCAGAAGAAGGUAGUGGUUGAAUUUAGUUCCCCUAACGUUGCCAAAAAAUUUCAUGUUGGACAUUUGCGUUCUACAAUCAUAGGGAAUUUUAUAGCGAAUCUCAAGGAGGCAUUAGGACACCAAGUAACAAGAAUAAAUUACUUUGGAGAUUGGGGCAUGCAAUUUGGUCUCUUGGGAACUGGCUUUCAGCUGUUUGGCUAUGAAGAAAAACUUCACUCCAAUCCUUUGCAGCAUCUCUUUGAGGUUUAUGUACAAGUUAAUAAGGAAGCAGCAGAUGAUGAAAGUGUGGAGAAAUCAGCCCGUGAGUUCUUUCAUCAACUAGAAGCGGGUGACGAACAAGCACUUUCAUUGUGGCAAAAAUUUCGGGACUUGAGCAUUAAAGAGUAUGUCCAGAUUUACAAGAGACUAGGCGUGCAUUUUGAUGAAUAUUCAGGAGAAUCAUUUUAUCGAGAGAAAUCCCGGGAAGUCUUAAGGUUGUUGGACAAGAAAGGACUCCUUCAGAGAACAAAAAAAGGAACAGCUAUAGUAGAUCUCUCUGGGAAAGGAGACCCUUCCUUGAGCUGCACCGUAAUGCGAAGUGAUGGGACUUCUCUUUAUGCAACCAGAGAUCUUGCAGCUGCUAUUGAUCGAAUGAACAAAUAUAAUUUUGAUUCAAUGAUAUAUGUGACAGAUAAAGGCCAACAAAAUCAUUUUCAACAAGUAUUUCAAAUUCUGAGGCUCAUGGGAUUUGAAUGGGCAGAAAGGUGUCGACAUAUUCCCUUUGGAGUGGUCCAAGGAAUGAAGACUCGAAGGGGAGAUGUUACUUUUCUGGAGGAUGUUAUAAAUGAAACACGGUUAAGGAUGCUAGAAAACAUGACUUUUUCCAAGACAUCUAAAGAACUGGAAAAUCCACAUGAGACUGCAGAAAGAGUUGGACUGGCAGCACUCAUUAUUCAGGACUUCAAAGGCCAUCUGUUGUCUGAUUAUAAGUUUAAUUGGGACCGCGUUUUUCAGAGCCGAGGUGAUACAGGUGUUUUCCUGCAGUACACACAUGCCAGGCUGUCUAGUUUAGAAGCAACAUUUGAAUGUGGUCAUCUGAGAAACAUCAAUGCAACGUGCUUACAAGACCCACAGUCUAUUUCCAUACUCCAACAUCUCCUCAGGUAUGAUGAGGUGCUUUUUAAAUCUUCUCAGGACCUUCAACCCAGGCAUAUUGUCAGUUACCUUGUAACACUGAGUCAUCUUACAGCUGUGGCUCACAAAACACUCCAAAUAAAAGGCAGACUCCCUGAAGUAGCUGAGGCCAGACUUCAUCUUUUUAAAGCUGUUCGUUCUGUCCUAGCCAAUGGAAUGAAACUUCUUGGAAUCACACCUGUAUCUAGGAUGUAAUUUGUAAAGAAAAACAAUGGAAUCCCAGUCAUCUGUUUUACAGUUGAAAAUGAAAGGGAAUUUAAUAUAAAAUUUUAUCAAUGCCAGAAUCCAUAUGUGUCUGAUUUAUGUUUAAGCAUUCCUACCUAUAUCUCACUCCCUCAAAAUUUUUUCUUCUUUAGCAAAAGAAAAUAAUUGCUUAACUUUUUCCAUUGCGUGACAAGGACCGUGGGACCUUUUCAUCUGAGUUGUUCCCAGUGCAAACUUCCUAUAAGCAUUGUUUUUCCCCAAAAGAACAUUGAACUAUUUCCACUUUUUGUAUACUCAGUGCACAGCACAGUGCUUUAGACACAUAGUAAGUGCUUAAUAAAAUCCUCAUUCACUCCUUGGAUCUAGGCAGCAGGAAAACUGACAUUUGACAACACAUACAUAUAUGAAAUUGGGCUCAGACUAUUUUUAUCUAUUUAAAUAUAUAGACCCCCUCAACCUGUAGACCUAGUCUGUAGUCUAAAUUUCAAUUUCAGAAUUGUAUAUGUGCCUGUAUAUAGUCUGGGCUCAAUUUUGUGCUUUUCUACAAUCUCUUUAACAGUUAAAUGGUGGACAGGAAAAAGUGAGAAACAGUAAUUAGCUUCACAUAAAA